AUGCGCGUAUUAGGUUUUACAUUUGGACAAAAUCACGCCCUGGCGAAUAAAUAUGGCUUCAACAACAAACAAUUAAUACCACCUCAAUCCAUAUCUGGACGAGCGGGACGCCAGCAAUUGAAUAAUCGUGGGAAAAAUCAGCUAAGGGGACCCGCUGCUUCUUCCAGUCCGUACGCCAAUGGACCGACUGGUGUUAUCAUGCACGAGAUGGAUGAAGCUGAGGAUGGAUGUUAUUGGAAUGAUGGUGUUGUAGAUCCGAUGUUUAACGACAUUCCCAUGAUUGCAAAUGGAGUGUGUCGAACGGGUCGUCGAUUACCGAUCACUCAGUCCGCUGUUCGUCCAGGCUAUCCUUCCGUGGACGAAGAUUCCGGUUGGAUGUCUCACUCAUCGACACAGUUAAAUCACGACAGUGAAUUUCAGUCACGUGUGUUCGGACGGCGCAGACAUCUUCCUCGAUCUCCUCGGGAUCCGCUGGAACUAGACCGACCACCCUCACCUGCUUAUUCGUACGCCGGUGUGGAUCCAGUCGUUCCGGGUGACUACAAUGGUGUCGUCCCCGAUGUUUCCGAAGUGGAGGAUUAUGAUUCUGAUCCUUUGGGCUAUAACAGUCGACCAAAAUCGGGUAGGUAUCGGUCGGGUGUUAUUCAAAGACAGAUCACUGGUCCAUACGAGUGGACAGACGAGCAACCAAUUUGGUACGACAUGGAAGAUCAGACAGUUCACAGAGAUCAGGUAUACGAAGAACGCCCUAUCAGACGUCGACCGCGUUCACGAAAUCAUCGAUUCUAUUCAGAACCGGACUCGGCUGAUCCGAUGAUGCCCGAUGACGCGUACAGACCUGAGUGGAUCAACGAUGGAAUGUUGUCUGACUUCAGUCUGAUGGAACAGGAUUGGGCAAAAGACCGCUCGACAAUGGCCAAUGAUCGAGUACCUCCCACGGAACCGGAUGAAUUGUGGCACACACCGGAUACACUUCGUCGUUAUCCACCGUAUGCGUUGUCUCCUGGUCAUUCCGAUUUUUACGGUCCAUACUCCGAUUUGGAUGCGGAGGGAUGGCGCGACGAGGUGGACUAUCCGGGCUAUCAUCAAGAUGAAACACCUUGGUCUGAUUAUGUGCCAACUGCCGCCGAGUGGGAUGAGAAUGUUCGAGGAGAUUGGGCUGCGCCAGUCAACGAACCGUUUCGAAAUUUUGGAUUUCGGUAG